UGCGAUUCCACCCAUAGGAUUCCAAAUUUGUUGAUACAUAUUCGAAGUAUACUUCAAAAUAUACUCAUAACCAGUCUCCAUCAUGUAGGCUGCAGGUCACGUGAAAUUAUCCCGUCUUGUUUAGAUGAAAAUAAAAAUUUUGUUAAUGGAUAAUGACAUUGUACAAUACAUUACGAGAAUAAACAAAAAAGAGUAUAAAAUGUUGCUGUACACAUUGAUAGGAGGUUACAUGCUAACGUCAAUGAUACUUUUUAAAUAUCCCACGUUAUUGCACAAAAAGAAAAGGGUGAAAUUUAAUUGUCAACAUAUAAGUCAUAGGGGAGGGGCUGGAGAAGGAUAUGAAAAUACGAUGCAUGCAUUUAAACGGGCUGUCGCGGUUGGAACACAAAUGCUAGAACUAGAUUGUCACCUUACAAAGGAUGGACAAGUAGUCGUGUUCCAUGAUCAAAAUCUUCUACGUAGUACAGGCACAAACAAAAAUAUAUCAGAAUUAAAUUACAAAGAAUUGCCACUCUUGAAGCCACAUCUUCCAAUUGAUUUUGAACCAGGUAAGGAAUACAUUGGGUCAGAAAAAGAGGAAGACAGACAGGUUCCUCUACUGAGAGAAGUUUUCGAAGCAUUUCCAAAUAUACCAGUUAACAUUGAUAUUAAAAUUAACGAUGACCAACUUAUAUCAAAGGUGUCUGAUCUUAUAAAAGAAUACAAUCGUGAAGAAUAUACUGUAUGGGGAAAUUUUAAUGAUAAAAUAACACAGAAAUGCUAUAAAACGAAUCCAAAUGUGAAUUUGUUGUUUUCCAUGCGACGUGUAACUCUCUUGAUAUUAUUAAUGUAUACAGGAUUAUUACCAUUUGUACCUUUGAAAGAAACACAUCUAGAAAUAUUUUUACCUUCCAUUUAUUUACGACGCACAAGAAGACCGAAUUCCACAUUUUCCCCUAUAGGAAAAUUAAUGAUACACACUAUCAAUGUAUUGCUAAUAAGGCCAUCCUUGUUUAACCAUUUAAGAGCUCGUGGAAUACAUGUAUAUUUUUGGGUCUUAAACAAAGAUGAAGAAUUUCAGAAAGCCUUUGAUCUUGGUGCAACUGGAGUAAUAACUGAUUACCCAACGAAAUUAACAUUAUUUUUAAAAAAUCAUACAAUUGAAAAGAAAAAUAAUAAUAAUAGUCAAUCUUUGAAGACAAAUGUUAACAAUUGAUAAAUGAGCAUACUUAUAAUAUUUGCAAAGAAAUAGUUAUAAAGUAUUAUUAUUUGAAAUUGAUUACAACAUAUCUACAAAAGUCAAAAUUGGAGUAACAAGUCAACCAGUAAUAAAAUAUUUUUUAUUCUGUUUGUA